AUGGAACGAGGCAACGGUACACAGAUUUCAGAAUUUCUUCUCCUGGGGCUUUCACAGGCCCUGGAACUGCAGCCCCUCGUCUUCGGGCUGUUCCUCUCCAUGUACCUGGUGGCCGUGCUGGGAAACCUGCUCCUCGUGCUGGCCGUCGGCUCCGACUCCCGCCUCCACACGCCCAUGUACUUCUUCCUGUCCAACCUGUCCUUGGUGGACAUCUGCCUCACCUCCACCACCGUCCCGAAGAUGCUGGUGAACAUCCAGACACAGAGCAGAGCCAUCACCUACGCAGGCUGCGUCACCCAGAUGUAUUUUUUCAUACUCUUUGCGGCAUUGGAUGACUUCCUCCUGACCGUGAUGGCCUAUGACAGGUACGUGGCCAUCUGCCACCCCCUGCACUACGUGGUCAUCAUGAACCCCCGGCUCUGUGGACUGCUGGUUCUAGUGUCCUGGAUCAUGAGUUUCCUGAAUUCCUUGUUAGAAAGCUUGAUGGUGUUGGGUCUGCCCUUCUGCUCAGACUUGGAAAUCUCCCACUUUUUCUGUGAACUCAAUCAGGUGGUCCAACUUGCCUGUUCUGACACCUUUCUUAACAACAUAAUAAUGUAUUUUUCAGCUGGGCUGCUGGGUGGUGGUCCCUUUGCUGGGAUCAUUUACUCUUACUCUAAGAUAAUUUCCUUCAUCUGUGGAAUCCCAUCAGCUCAGGGGAAGUAUAAAGCAUUUUCUACCUGUGUGUCUCACCUCUCGGUUGUGUCCUUAUUUUAUGGUACAAGCCUAGGAGUUUACCUCAGCUCUGCUGCUACCAACAGCUCCCAUGCAAGUGCAGCAGCCUCGGUGAUGUACACGGUGGUCACACCCAUGCUGAACCCCUUCAUCUACAGUCUCAGGAACAAAGACAUAAAGAGGGCCCUGAAGAGAUUCCUUGGCAGGGAAGCUUUUCAAGGAUCAACUGUACUUGUCUGA